AGCAAACUGGAAGAAUCUGGAUACCUGGAGGCCGAGCGAGGAAAGCUGGUUGCAGUGGGUAAGAGCAGGGGUUCACGAAGAGGAACUGGCAGAGAUGGAGGAGUUAGUGGAUCUGGAGCAAUCUUCAGUUGAUGACAACCUAUGUAAAGAACCAAUGAAGAAAAGACGUCGGUCAGAUCGAGACCAGCACUUGCGGGCCUUUCCCACCAUGGAGCAGAGUGCCCUAAAGGAAUAUGAAAAAUUGGAGUCACGGACCCGAAGGGUUUUGAGUAACACGUACCAGAAACUGAUUCAGUCUGUCUUCCUGGACGACAGCAUCCCUAAUGGAGUCAAGUAUCUCAUAAACAGGCUCCUUGCCUUGAUUGAAAAACCGUCAUUGGACCCGAUUUACAUUGGGUUAUUGGGAAGUACUGGGGCUGGAAAGAGCUCCCUGAUCAACGCCAUCAUCCAGAAAGCCAUGUUUCUACCAGUGUCUGGAGAAAGCAUUUGCACUUCGUGUAUUGUGCAAGUGAGCUCAGGAUGCUGUGCGCGGUAUGAGGCCAAAAUCCACCUCCUGUCUGACCAGGAGUGGAAGGAGGAACUGAAGAACUUGACUCAAUUGCUGCACAUGACCGAGGGCGCUGAUGGAGAGGAGGCGGAGUCCUGGGACAGGGAGGAGGCGGUGGAGGAAGCCAUCUGGAAGCUGCAGGUGGUCUAUGGAGCUGGGGCGGAAGGCCGGGAGUAUGAGGACUUGCUGAGGGUGAGGCCCCAGGUGAAGAUUCCCCCCUCGAGAGUCAUCCUCCUCCAGGCGGAAGAGGCAGGAGAGCUGUCAAUCAAGCUGGACCCCUACAUUCGGACUCAGAGGAGAGACCAGCGUGGACAAUCAGCUGAGACACAGAUCUGGCCCCUGAUCAAGCACGUGGAAGUGACUCUUCCCAGAUCUGCCCUGAUUCCAGAAGGGGUGGUGCUGGUGGACAUUCCCGGCACAGGCGACUUCAACUGCAAACGGGACGAGAUGUGGAAAAAGACCAUCGACAGGUGCUCAGCCAUCUGGGUGAUCAGCGACAUAGAGAGAGUGUCUGGAGCAAGAGCCCACGAAGAGCUUCUGAAUGAGAGUGUCAGAGCCUGCCAGCGCGGCCUCUGCCGGCACGUUGCCCUGGUGGUCACCAAGACCGACAAACUCCACCUGCCGGAAUAUCUAAGGGAAAGAAAGGUGGGAAAUCACACUAUUCUAAGUCAGCAGGAGGCUAUUUUGGAAAGAAAUGAAACAAUAAAACUGAAAAGGAAUAGACUUCUCAAGGAAAAACUGAAAAGAAAACUGCCAGCUUAUCUGAAGGUUCUGGAAGCCUCCGACUUGGUGUACACUGUCAGCGCCCAAGAGUACUGGCAACAGGCCCUCCUCACCGAGGAACAAACUGAGAUCCCUAAGUUAAGAGAGUUUAUCAGGAAAAGACUCCUGGACGAGAAGAAGAGGAUGGUGACCAAGUAUAUCACAGAAGCCUUUGGCCUGUUGCUCCUCAUGGAGGGCUUCAACUCUGCAGACAACCUUUUGAAUGAGCACUUGCACAUGAGUGGCCUGCGGCGGUUUGUGGAGGACAAGACGGAGAUGCUGGAGAAGGCCAUUGAGCAGUGUUUUGCCCACAUCGAGCAACCCCUGUGGGAAGGGGUCCAGGCGGCCAGGACUUCCUACCGACGCAUCCUGGGGGCCUGCCUGGUGAGGAGUAAAGGGAACCAAGGCUUUCACCAGACUCUGAAAGCUGUGUGCCUGAAAAAUGGCGUCUAUGCCUCCAGGACUCUGGCCAGAAUUGACCUGAAUGAAGCCAUCACUCGGCCCAUCUAUGACCACAUCGACCCUGUGUUUGGAGACAUUUUUAGGGCAGGCAAGCCCACCAGCUCCGCCCUGAUGCCUCUCAUAGACGCGUUUAAACACUCCCUGCAGGAGAAAAUGACAGAAAUCAGGAUAAGAAAUGGCUGGAAAUAUGAUAGCUACAAGAAAAGUUUCCUGAUCCAGGAGAUCAAUGCCAUCCUGGGAGGCCUGGAGGGCUACAUCCUCAGAAGGAAGAGGAGAAUCUACGAGUCUGUCACCAGCUCUGUCCAGAGUGACCUGAAGCCCUGUUACGAAGAGGCAGCUCAGAUCACUGGCAGAAAAGCGUGCGAGAGGAUGAAGGACGUCAUUCGAAGAGGGGUGGAGCAACAGGUGGCCGAGGGCAUGUUUGAGAGGGCUCAAGAGCGGAUGCAGCACCAGUUCCAGCUGCUGAAGCGUGGAAUCACGGAGAAGAUGAAGGGCAGUGUUGCCACCAUGCUGACCCUGGCUUCGUCCCAGGGCGACAGUCUCUGCAAGGAGCUGGCUGACGUCAGGAGUGAAUACAAGGAGAUGGAAAGGCUCCACCGCGGUCUGCGGGAGGCUGCUGAGAACGCACAGCUGCGCAAGGCCAUGCAGGACUUCCUUCUGGGAACGCCCCCCCACAAAGCGGGGCCCCCAACAGGACUCUCACUCCCGGGGGUUUAGCCUCAAGGGAAUGAAGAAUAAACCUGGAGCCGCUCACCAGAAUUACUCCCGUUGUUUGAAAUCAAAUGAAGAAUAUCUCUCAAGCCGUGUGCUGGAGGCUCCCUCCCACCAUCCUAGCUACUCAGGAGGCUGAGAUCCUGAGGAUCUCAAGAUGAAGUCCGUGGGACGCCAUCUUGAGAAGAACCAGAGAAACACCAGGCUGGAGGCCUGGCUCCAGCGGUAGAGUGCCAUCCUUGAGCAAAAACAGCCAAAGGAGCACACAAGGCCCUGAGUUCUGCAUAGUCUGGCAUUGAACCUCCAUCUGCACACGUCAGCCUCCUGAGGAGCAUGGAUUACAAGCUUCCGUCAGUGGCGCCCUGCCACUGUGUUAGUUUCUAUCUGGGAAGGCAGGGGAAUGAGUAUUUUUGAGUGUACAUCAUCCUAGCAGUAAGAAUGAGAGCGUUUCCUGUGCUCUAUGACAGGAAGGACCCCAUCGUUCAUACAGUCUGUCAUUACCUGACAGUGUCCCCCGCAAAUGAGGUGUUACCAUGUUCAAAAGCAGCAGCCUCCGCAUUCCCCUGCCCGCGAGGCGCUUCAGACGGCGUGCGCUUCCCAGCCCGGGACUAGCAGGCGCCUGACCUCCGGCCUGCGCUUUCUCUCCCACUUCCUCCCACCCCAGCCGAAUUACCCCAAACACAAUGAAUGCGUCUGUUUCUUUUCUUCCGCUGAAAUCCCAUGUCAUAACCCAGACUUGCCUGCCAUGCUCUCAAGUGCACAGCUUAAUCUGAGAAAAUUGAAAAUGACCCGUGAAAUCUGGGUUGGACGCUGAUGAUCCCCCCUGAUAAAGCCUUGGUGUGUUUAACA